CGUCCACGCCGUUAUAAUAAACGCGUAUAUAAAGGUUAUAACAAAAUUCGUGGUUUUGAAACCCUAAUCGUUUGUUCCGUUCGUCUUUUAAUUCCUCAUCAUCAUCCAAAGGUUCCAGGGUUCCGAAACUGUUGCUCGAAUAGAAAAAUUCUCAUCCGUUUACCCGUUUUUAUUAUUAUUUUUAUUCAAAAAUUUUUUUAAUUUGGAAAUAAUGGUGGCAGCAAAUAUAUAUAUAGUUCAGGACAUGAAGCAUUGUGUCUUAUAUGCAGGUUACGUGUUUCACGCGGAUGGGACGCGUGUCGUGGGGCUGGCCGCGAAGAGUGUCUUGACGGUUUGAUCGAACCUGCGAGGCCUAAAACGAAAUUUUAGAAUGGCGGUUGAAUUUAUAAGUUUUUGUAUUUCCCUUAGUUUAAUCUUUAGUACAAUAUUAAAAACAAGAUAGAUUAGUAUAUGUGUAUAUAUACUAUAUAAUGUUGAUUAGUAGAAUAGUUAAUAGAUUGAAAAACAAAGAGGCCUAAUCAAUGCAAAUACAUAAACAAGAAUUUAAAAAGUUAGGGACCUAAAUCCGUAGAUUUUAGCAGUUUUACUCUUGUAACGCCUUUUGAUUAGGAUGUUUGCGUACUACAAAUGAGCAAAUAAAGUUGGCUACAUUUACUGAUGUAUAAAAAGCUAAGUUUGUUUUCUGACCGAAAUUUGAGGUUCUAAGUAUUGUGACCCUGAUAAUGCAGGUUUGUUUUCUGAGGAGUUACGUACGUGGACCAGGAAAAGGGGAGGUUCGAGAUGGUUUAUGAAGAUGGUCAAUCUUCCGACAGAAAGCGCAAGGAAAAAAGUCUUCCGCAGAGCAAAGAUGAUGCGAUAUAUGGUGUUUUUGCUUAUAGUAAUUCUGACAGUGACUCUGAAGGUCGAGGCAGCAAGAAAAAACAGAGGAGAGAUUUGUCUGGAAAACAGGAUUAUACUAAGCCAUUAAAUUUUGUUACGCCAAGUCAAGAGGAGAAUGCUAAAGAUAAUGGUAGCCCUUCUGGUCUGGAUAUCGACAGGGUUCAAGAGGAGGAGGCUAAUAGCAAAAUCGUUGAAUCAUUUCUUAAAGAAUUUGAUAAAGCCCUGAAAGAAGGUGAGCUUCAGAUAAUGGAGAAAUUAAAGUUAAAAAGGGAGUCUUGUGAAGUAGCAGGACCAGGAACGAGAGAAGGAAACAGUGUUGGUAUGAAAAUGCUUGAGAAGAUGGGAUAUAAAGGAGGCGGGUUAGGGAAGAAUGAACAAGGUAUUGUUGAGCCAAUUGAAGCUCAGAUACGUCCGAAGAAAAUGGGGUUGGGUUUCAAUGAGGCGGCUAAUUAUGGGCAGAAAUUGUUAAAGGAGAAUAAUGUUUUGCCACCUCAGCCUACUGAGGUUCAACCAAAAUGGUCGAAGCAAGGGCGGUCAGAAAAGAAGAAAAAAGAAUAUGUUACUGCAGAGGAGUUACUGGUCAAUAAGCCCCGUUUGGUUGAGAAACUGAUUGAUAUGAGAGGACCACAAGUUCGGGUGUUGACAAGUUUGGAGAAUUUGAAUGAUGAAGUGAAACCAGAGGAGAAGGAUGAUAUUUUGCCAGAACUUCAACAUAAUGUGACAUUAAUUGUUAAUUUGGGAGAGCUUGAUGUACAGAAAAUUGAUCGGUACUUGAGAAACGAAAGGGAGACGGUAGUCAGUUUGCAACAACAGAAAGCUAAGCUUGAAGAUAACACUGCACGUCAAGCAAAACAGCUUGAUAGUAUGGAAGAGAUUCUUACUGUGUUGGACCAGUUGGAUAAAGAGAGCCGUUUGGGAACGUUGACACUUGACUCGCUUAUUAAGUCAUUUGGUAACUUGCAGAAACGGUUUUCUGAUGAGUACAGAGUACGCAGUUUGUCUAGAGUAGCUUGCUCUUAUGCUUUACCUUUGUUCUCUAGACUAUUUCAAGGAUGGGAUCCACUCAUAAAGCCAAUGGACAAUUUGGAUGUUAUAUCAUUAUGGAAAGAGUUUUUGCAAGCCGACGAGCGAUCUGAUUCACCUUACCCAGGGCUUUUCAUGAAAGUCAUGUUCCCUCAUAUAUGGAAAUCAAUCACCAAAACUUGGCAAGUCAAGCACCCUGAACCAUUGUUGCGGUUUCUUAAUAUUUGGGAACGAUUACUGCCUCACUCAGCUCUUAAGACUAUUCUUGAUGACAUUGUCUUACCAAACUUAUCGGCUGCUGUUGACUCAUGGAACCCACGUUGGGAUACCAUCCCUAUACAUAUAUGGGUUCAUCCAUGGUUAGCUUGGAAGUCUGUUUUUGAUCUGACAAGCUGGGAACAUUUAAUUCGUCGAUCUAUUACUCCUAAGCUGUUGGCUGUUAUGCAUGAAUUCCGAGUCAAUAUACUAGAUCCAUCUGAUAAGAAUCUUGAUAAGUUCAACUGGGUACAGACAUGGGCUGGGGUCAUUCCCAUUCAUUACAUGGUUCGCAUAAUGGAUGCGUUUUUCGACAAGUGGCAAGACGUUCUUUAUCAAUGGUUAUCUUCGAAACCGAGCAUUGAAGAGGUGAUGAAUUGGUAUCAGCGUUGGAUGGAUGUUAUCCCACCUAAGCUUUUAUCCAAUGAACAUAUACAGGUUCGGCUUAAAGUUGGUCUGUGCAUGAUCAAACAGGCUUCUGAAGGGUUGCAGGUGGUCCAACCCGGUUUUAUAGAAAACCAAAGACAUUAUCAAGCUCAACAGAAGGCGGCUGCAAGUUUUGAUACAUCGUAUAUGGGCGUUAUGAGUUUGAAAGAAGUUAUUGAAGAGCAUGCACAGCAUAACGAUGUGUUAUUUAAGCCCAAACCGGGCAGAAUGCAAGAUGGUCAUCAAGUGUAUGGAUUUGGGAACGUCAAUAUAAUCAUCGACUCUCUCAAAGAAAAGGUGUUUGCUCAAACUGAAGGUAAAUGGUCGCUUACAACCCUCGAGCAACUGGUAAAGAUGGAAAAGAAUUGCGUUCUGAGUAGAUGCUGAUCAUGAAGAGUUGAGGUAAACUAAAACGGUGGGCAAUUCAAGCAUAUCAUCACUUGGAUCAUCCUUUGGACAUAUAAUUCAUACUUUUAUUUAGUUAUGGAAGUAUUUUUGAUCCUAUUGGUUUAAGCUUAGAUUAUAUAUCUGUAAUUUUGGCCUACUUUGACUUUUAUAAAAGUCAAAUAAGGUGUCUUAUGUGUAAUUCUUGAUUUAGAUGGAAGAAGCUUUGAUUGAUCA